AAGUUACCUGAUAACGACACUAUUUCGUAGAUUUUUGGCGUAAACCUCCGCAUGGUGGGGUUCGGGAUUUUUUGCUCUUCACAUUAGCAUGGAUUGAUAAGAGCACAGAAGGAAUCAUUGGCACGAGAGGACCAGACAAUCCAGUAUCUUCUGUCGUCCUGUGCUCAACGCAGCACAUGUGCUUGUUGAACCGAUAUUUCACAACAGUUUGAAAAUCACAAUGGCUCUAGACAAAACAGCAAAAGAGUAUCAGGACGCGCUCUCAAAGGUAACCCUGGUAGAACGUAAUCCAGCCCCAAAUGGAACGGCGAUCGUUAGCAUGUACAGGACGGGAGUACGGGAAGCGGACGACAUUGUUACUCUCGCUAAGGAAAUACAGACGGCAGAUAUUGCUGUGACGAACAAUGCGUGUGCGAAGCUAGUCAUGAUCGCGGAACAAGUGCGCUUCCUCCAACAGCAAGCGAAGAAGAUUCUAGAAGAAACACAAGCUGCCCAGCAGCUUCAUCACGCAGCAUGUAACUUUCGCAAGAUUCCUGGUCAUAUUUAUCACCUGUACAAACGGGACUCGGGUCAGACAUACUUCAGCAUGCUGUCGCCUGACGAAUGGGGACCGAAGGGUUGCGAACAUCAGUACCUGGGCAGCUAUAAGCUUGAGUUCGAUCAAACGUGGACCCCCGUGGAGAAGAUCGAGCAGGUGCAGGAGAAUAUACGAUGGGCACACCGUGUGCUGGAAGCCGGGCUGAGUUCGUCCAAUCGAAAUGACUUCCUCUCGAUCGACGAGGUACCGGCGAACGGAGAAAACAAGGAAUCUUAGGCCUACUUGACACGCUAUUUACGGGCUCAGGAUUAAUGAAUAAAUAU